AUGGGGGCUGUUCCCUCUGUUGAUGGCCAAUCUGGAGUGGGUGUUGUAAUUAGAGAUUGGGAAAGAAAGGUGGUAGCAGCAAAAUGUCUUCCUCUAUCGGGUCGAAUAGCUGUGGAGGAAACAGAAGCCAUAGCUAUGGAACAAGGAAUGAUCUUAGCAAAAAACAUGGGCUUGGAAAGGACCAUUUUUGAAGGGGACUCAUCGCAGACAAUUCAAGCUAUUGAGGCUAAGGAUGUAAGAAGUGUGAUUGGCCACAUUGUGAAAAGUUGUCUGCAAAAUUUUCCAAGUUUCCAGGAGGCAAGAAUCAGACAUAUUAGUAGGGUGGGCAACAAAAUAGCCCACGAACUUGCACAGCUUGCAAAACAAUCCGCUGAGGAACAGGUCUGGAUUUCAACUAUACCUGAUUGGAUUGAAGACAUGGCGAGAGCUGAAGGAACGGUUUAA